AUGCUUAAGGCCAUCCUUAGAGGCGAAACCACGAAAAUGAGCUACAAGGAAGCUCGAGACGCGUGUCAAUGGUCUGACAAGUUUGUUCUAUCCAGUGAUAACAUACUCUACUAUGUGGGCCCAACUCGACGUAAAUCGGAAGAUGACCAACCGGGGUUGUCGUUGAGACUUGUAGUACCGACAACUAUGAUCCAAGAAGUGCUGCAGAAUUGUCAUGACUCUAACAUCAAGGUGUCGUUCGAUCGUAUCAGAGGCUCGAUUAAGAGCGCACCACAGCUCAAAGGCUACUCACCUGGUAACGUGCUCGCAGAACGACCAUUCCAAGUUGUGUUAAUGGUUUCGUUAUCCCGCCGCCGAAGUCUCGUCGAGGCAAUACAGCCCUACUACUCUGACAGUGUCGUUGACUGGCUAAAGUCUUCGAAAAUAUACCGAAGAUUCGGUGUACCUUCGUUGAUACGCCAUGACCGUGACCCUCGCUUCAUGAGUGAAGUGUUUCAAGCAUUCGCUGAAUUGAUCCAGGCGAGGUCACGGUCUACAUUGAGCUAUCGUCCACAAGCAAAUGGUCAACAGGAGCGCUCAGUGAAGACAGUCAUGCAGUCAGUGAAAGUCUUUGUUGAAUACCCACUACAACAAGACUGGGACGAAAUCGCGGAACGACUUGUAUUUGCUAUCAAUAACUCGCAUGAUAUGACGAGAAAGGAAACUUCAUUUUACCUAGUGCACGGCUGGGACGCUCAUACGAAUUUGCGUGCUAUGACGACCUCUCAGAGGCAUUGGCCUGGAGGCGAGAAAUAA